AUGGUACCAAGGAUAAGUUAUUAUGACUUUGACAAGAAUGCGCCUAAUCAAGAACCUGUCUACAGAAAAGUUGCAAUUGUUGAAAAUUUCUUCGAUAUAAUCUAUACAGUUCAUGUGGAACUUGAAGGAAGACCGGGAAAACAUGCAGGACAAAAACGAACAUAUCGAACUAUAACGGAAACAUACGCAUUUCUUCCCCGGGAAGCUGUCACCAGAUUCCUGACAGGAUGCGCAGAAUGUGCUCGUCGGCCUCGAAGUGCGUCUCCACCUCCCCUCCCAACGCCCUCACCAUCUCCGACCCGACAUCCCCCUUACCUUCCAUUCCUCCCCCACUGCCCUCCCGACUACGCCAGAAACUGGGAAUCCGAAAUAGAUGCCGCACAAAACUAUUCCUUCGAACCGAAAUAUGACUAUACGGAUCUCCAACCAUUGAAAAAAGUUGACAGUCCUCGUCCUACAGACGCAGACGAUGAACCAACAUAUAUCGAGCUAACUCCAAAGAAAGCAGAGUACUCCUCUACGAUAUUUGAACGAAGUCCGUCAAUCGAGCCUUUAGAAUCAGAACCCAUACCAGCCGUUGACAUUGAAAAAGACGACAGCUUGAUCGACGUCGAAGACGUUAGAGCUGACAGUCCCUUACAAAAAGAGGAAGAGAGCGAGAGGGAGGAAGUUAAGAAGUACAAUCCGUUAGACGUGGCUAAUUUGACAUCUAAAGAUCCGCCUAAAUCGUCUCCGCCGAGGAAGAAACUUUUGCCGUCUACUUCAGACUUUGGCAGAGUUCCAAAGCCGUGGAGGCCUGGAGGCUUGUAUUAUAGCGACGACGUUGACUACAGUGUGCCGAUUACGACAGCAUAUUUGAAGCAUAUGAAGAAUGUUGCCUAUCAAGAGCGCUUGGAUGGUGAAAAUAAGGGGUGUAAACCCUCCCCGGUACCCAAACCGUCGUUACCAGGCGAGUAUAGCAUACUGAGAAUUUUAACAGAAUUAGCGAGACCCGCCGUCAGGGCGCCGCAGUAA